UCGUUGACAGACCACCUAAUAAUAAAAUAGAAUGAAAACCCCGCGGUUGAAAAGCGCAGCAUGACAAAACAAUUAUUGAUCACAACGUGUAUAACAAAGAAUAGUGUGUUUGAUCUGUUCUUUGUAAGGUCGAUGCUGGGUCCAUGGUUAGGUCCCUAUAUUGCAUAUCGUAAACGCAUUCAGCGGCUGCAUAUACCGCAUGUAUAACAAUAACAUUUCAGUGACAAAUGCAUCAUAUGGGACUGCGAAGCUUGGCGCCGGAAAUAUAUUGCUUCUGUGUGAAGAGGAGGUAUUGAAGUCUCAGUACGUUAACAUGGUUGUGGGCGCCGACAAUAAUUAACUCCUGCAAUAUCAUUUAUGUUAAUCCGCAUAUCGGUGAUGAGUUUGGUAUGAUAACUGUGACGAUGACAUGCAACAGAUCAUAGCGUGGACCUACUAUCAUAGCUGCAGAAGUUUAGGAUGGCCUUGAAAUAUCUACUACCAGUUGUCGUCCUGUAUUGGUCACUGGAAACUGUUACUUCAGAUCCUUCGCAUUCUCCCCGACCAAAUGUCAUAUUCAUCCUCGCAGACGACUUGGGACACAACGACGUCAGUUAUAUCGGUCGCGAGCAUGGAUCGGCGAUACAGACGCCUCACAUUGACCGGUUAGCUGAGGGAGGGGUCAGAUUGGAUAAAUAUUAUGUCCAGCCAAUCUGCACCCCUACUAGGAGCCAGCUACUAUCAGGGAGGUACCAGAUCCACACAGGUCUCCAGCACAGUAUAAUUCAUCCUGCCCAGCCGAACUGUCUUCCUCUAGAUGAGGUGACUCUCCCCCAGAAAUUGAAAGAGCAGGGCUAUGCCACUCAUAUGGUCGGGAAAUGGCAUCUUGGAUUCUAUAAAGCCGCCUGCAUGCCAACGGAAAGGGGCUUCGAUUCGUAUUUUGGAUAUCUCACCGGAUCUGAAAACUACUACUUCCACAAUCGUUCUUAUACUGUCAAUGGAAAGUAUAUAAGAGGCUAUGAUUUACGGGACAACAAGACACCGGCAUUCCAGUACAAGGGACAGUAUUCGACACAUCUUUUUACUCAAAAAACCAUUGAUGUUAUCAAUACUCACGAUAAAUCUAAGCCUUUCUUCCUGUACUUGGCGUUUCAAGCAGUUCACUCGCCCUUAGAAGUACCUCUCAAAUACAAGGAGCCUUAUGCGAACAUCAGCGAGUUAAACAGAAGGACAUAUGCAGGAAUGGUCACGUGUAUGGAUGAAGGCAUAGGGAACAUUACUCAGGCUCUUAAGGACACGGGACUGUACAACAACACCAUCAUCAUAUUCUCGUCAGAUAAUGGUGGACCAGUUCAUGUUGGUGCAAAUAACUGGCCUUUAAGGGGGUGCAAGGACACACUUUGGGAGGGAGGGGUACGUGGUGUGGGGUUUGUUCACAGCCCCCUCUUACCCCCAUCAGUAACAGGAAGGAUCAACCGUGAGUUUAUCCACGUUAGCGACUGGCUACCAACCAUCGUGGCAGGGAUUGCUGGAGGUGGCCUGAACGGCACCAAACCGUUAGAUGGCUUCAACGUUUGGAACUCCAUCAGUGGCAUGGAACCCUCGCCUCGGAAAGAGCUCCUUCAUAAUCUGGAUCCCCUCGUCGUGGCACCGGACGUCGAAAGCGAUGAUGAUAACAAGGGAAGGAUUCCCGGACGAUUCAAUACUUCACUGCGUGCUGCUCUGCGUGUCGGUGAUUGGAAGAUACAGACAGGCACUGGAGAGAAAAAUGAGAUACCGAGUCCACCUGCAAAUUUCUGGAAGCCUCCUCCUGAAUCGGGUCUUCCCGCUAUUUACCCAGUUCAAAAACCGAAUCAGAAAGUGUGGCUCUUCAACAUAACUGCUGAUCCGCUGGAGAGGAACGAUCUAUCGGAUAAAUAUCCGGAUGUGGUGGAAAUGCUUUUACGCAGGCUGCAGAACUAUUAUGAGGAUUCGGUUCCGCCGAGAUUUCCGCCCUCGGAUAUGAAUGCGGAUCCGGCUAGACACGGGGGUGUCUGGGGUCCGUGGGAAUGAAACCGAUCCUAAAUGGGGUAGGGUUUCAUCAACAUUUUCUUUUGUCAGACAAGUUGUCAGAUUGUAAUUCAGAGGUCACUACAUGCGCCCCAGAAAUUUAUUAAUAUCAUAUAUCGACAAUCAAAUUUCCAUUAUUUUUUUAAACGCGCUCAAAAUACAAACAUAAUAUAUACUCUAAUACGAAUCAUCAAUCGUGUGAAACUACGAACACUGGCUUUUCGAAGAAUUCUACUGAUUGUAUGUUCUAAUUAACCUACGAUUAAUUAGAAAAGUAUCUAUAUGAUAUCCGAAGAUCCACAAUGCAUAUUGAUCUUAAUGUUGAAGAAGUCAAAUUUCAGGAGUUGAAACGAACAUGUUUGGGGAGUUACUGUUGCCUUUUUAUAUCGGUAUAAUCUUUAUUUGAAUGUCAUUUUAGGGUACUAGCCUCGAUAGGCCUUCGGUCUUUGCUGGUCCCUGCUUCCGAUUUGUCGUGCUCUUAAUUUGUUGUAAAUUGUUGUCUUUUGAAUUGCAUUUUGAAUUUUUUAUCCCUUGCCUCUAUUAUAUUUUCAAGACUUGUUUUAUAAUGUACGUUUUUAUCUUGGAUGCAAUGAAAGGCCAUCAUGGGCAAAUCAAUCAAUCAUUAAUCAAUCAAUCAGUCAAUCAAUCAAUCAUUAAUCAAUCAAUCAAUCAGUCAAUCAAUCAAUC